ACAGAUACAGUUCCUGGUGACGCUCCACAACAUGGCUGAGAUUGUGUUCUGUUAGACAGGCAGGGCAGUGAUUCUGCAUCAGCCUUUGACUUCGGUUGCCGCUGUGUGUUGCCGCUGUGUGUUGCCACCGAAAAGACACUGAAUACUGGAGGUGAAGGAGAGUUUUACAGCUGUACAGAUGGCCGCUGGGCCUAAGACUGAGGUUGUUCCGAGUUCAGGAUUCUUACAAUCAACGCUUCUGGUCGUCAUGGCGAUACAGACCUGCUCCAGUACUCCGUAUUUGAUGUGCCCAGGGAUCACAACACCUGGCUCUACUGCAAACCUGACCUGUACAAGACUCAACUUUACUGAAUCCCUGGAAGGAGCACUGGUUACCGUCUGUCAUCUGUACAACGGGACGUGUACAACACCUGAGGGAGCACUGGCUACCGUCUGUCAUCUGUACAACGGGAUGUGUACAACUCCCGAGGGAGCGCUGACUACCGUCUGUCAUCUGUACAACGGGACGUGUACAACACCCGAGGGAGCGCUGGCCACCGUCUGUCAUCUGUACAACGGGACGUGUACAACACCUGAGGGAGCACUGGCCACCGUCUGUCAUCUGUACAACGGGACGUUUACAACUCCAGAGGGAGCGCUGGCUACCGUCUGUCAUCUGUACAACGGGACAUGUACAACACGGGAUGACGGGAUCAGCGCGUAUGUCUUCAAUACAACCACCAGUGUUGUCACCACACUGACACUUGGCGGAUACUGGUUGUGUGUUGAAGCACCAGACCCCUGCAAUAUCCCUGUUGGAGAGCCUCCGGCUGAUCAUACAACCGCCAUCGCAGCUGGAAUCAUCGUGGGAGUUGUCAUGGUGACGGCCAUUCUGGUGUUCUGUCGGAUGAAGCGAGCAAUCCGCGCUUACAGCCAAACACCAAAAAGCUUUGAUUCGACCAGCACAAAUCAAACGUUAGACGCAUAGGCUGGGAGUUGGUGUAGCUAAAGAAUCCGGUUUAAUGGAAUAACCCCCUCUGAGGUAAAAGAAACAAUAGGGCCUGUAAGUCUCGCGAGGCGCUACUUCCGGUUCUAAGCUGGUUCCCGGCUCCCUUUGCACGCGCCAACUUUCGAUAUGCGAGA